UCUGCGAAAAGGCGGAUGGAUAACAAUUGAAAACCGAGGGGAGAAUAAACAAAUGAAGACGGGGUGAGAGCAGAGAGCCGAGGAAUGUUAUAGAAGCGGAGCAGACUGUACCCGCCAAGUACAUGAUCUUCCCUUGGAGCUGGUUAUCAUCAUCACUACUUCCAUGGUGCAGAAACAGUACUAGCUUCCCCAAAAAACUCUGCCACCUUUCACUUUCAUAUAUCAUCAGAUAGAGAGAGAGAGAGAGGCCAGGGACAAGGAGACAGAGUCCCACAGUCAGUGGGUGAGAGAUGGGUGAUAAAGAUGUGACCUUGGAGGCUGUGCUGAAGGAAGCCGUUGAUUUGGAGAAUGUUCCUAUUGCAGAGGUUUUUCAGACACUUAGGUGCCAGCCAAAUGGUCUCACAUCGGAGGCUGCUCAAGAAAGGUUGGCCAUUUUUGGUCACAACAAGCUUGAAGAGAAAGAGGAGAGUAAAUUUCUUAAGUUCUUGGGUUUCAUGUGGAAUCCACUUUCAUGGGUCAUGGAAGCUGCUGCUAUCAUGGCUAUUGCCAUGGCCAACGGUGGAGGAAAACCUCCUGAUUGGCAGGACUUUGUGGGGAUUAUUACUCUGCUUUUUAUCAACUCAACCAUCAGCUUCAUAGAGGAGAAUAACGCUGGCAACGCUGCUGCAGCCCUUAUGGCCCGUCUGGCACCCAAAGCUAAGGUCCUUCGAGAUGGGAAGUGGAUUGAGGAGGAUGCUUCGAUUCUUGUUCCUGGUGAUAUAAUCAGCGUGAAGCUGGGGGACAUUAUACCAGCUGAUGCUCGCCUCCUUGAAGGUGAUCCGUUAAAAAUCGAUCAGUCUGCGCUUACAGGGGAAUCGCUUCCAGUGACGAAGGGUCCUGGUGACAGUGUUUACUCUGGUUCUACUUGCAAACAAGGAGAAAUAGAAGCUGUGGUCAUUGCAACAGGUGUUCACACGUUCUUUGGCAAGGCUGCUCAUCUUGUUGAUUCCACAAACCAAGUAGGACACUUCCAAAAGGUGUUAACUGCCAUCGGGAAUUUCUGUAUAUGUUCCAUUGCUGUGGGGAUGAUAGUAGAGAUCAUUGUCAUGUUCCCAAUCCAGCACCGAGAAUACCGUCCAGGAAUUGACAAUCUGCUGGUACUUCUUAUUGGGGGAAUCCCUAUAGCCAUGCCGACAGUGUUAUCAGUAACAAUGGCAAUUGGGUCUCAUCGGCUAUCUCAGCAGGUAGGGAGCUAUCACAAAAGGAUGACGGCAAUAGAAGAAAUGGCAGGGAUGGAUGUACUUUGCAGUGACAAAACCGGAACUCUGACCCUAAACAAGCUAACAGUUGACAAGAACCUUAUUGAGGUAUUUGCUAAAGGGGUGGAUGCUGAUACUGUCGUUCUAAUGGCAGCAAGAGCAUCAAGAAUGGAGAACCAAGAUGCAAUAGAUGCUGCUAUCGUUGGGACUUUGGCAGAUCCAAAGGAGGCACGUGCUGGCAUUCAAGAGGUUCAUUUCCUCCCCUUUAAUCCUACUGACAAGAGAACAGCUCUGACAUAUAUCGAUAGGGAAGGUAAAAUGCAUCGCGUCAGUAAAGGUGCACCAGAGCAGAUUUUGAACCUUGUCCACAACAGAUCAGAGAUAGAGCGAAGAGUUCACUCUGUGAUCGAUAAGUUCGCUGAAAGAGGAUUGCGAUCCCUCGCAGUAGCUUACCAGGAAGUUCCUGAAGGAACAAAAGAGAGCCCAGGAGGUCCCUGGCAGUUUAUAGGUCUCAUGCCAUUGUUUGACCCACCAAGGCACGAUAGUGCAGAAACGAUAAGAAGGGCACUUAAUUUGGGGGUUAAUGUCAAAAUGAUAACUGGUGAUCAACUGGCAAUUGCAAAGGAAACCGGACGUCGUCUGGGUAUGGGAACAAACAUGUAUCCAUCAUCUGCUCUGUUGGGACAGAACAAGGACGAGUCAAUUGCUGCUUUGCCUGUGGAUGAACUUAUUGAAAAGGCUGAUGGUUUUGCUGGUGUUUUUCCUGAGCAUAAAUAUGAGAUUGUGAAACGCUUGCAAGCUCGGAAACAUAUAUGUGGAAUGACAGGAGAUGGAGUUAAUGAUGCUCCUGCACUUAAAAAGGCCGACAUUGGCAUAGCUGUUGCUGAUGCAACUGAUGCAGCGCGUAGUGCCUCUGACAUUGUUCUUACUGAACCAGGCCUUAGUGUUAUCAUAAGUGCAGUGCUAACUAGUCGGGCAAUUUUCCAAAGAAUGAAGAAUUACACGAUCUACGCUGUUUCCAUCACAAUCCGUAUUGUGCUUGGUUUCAUGUUGCUGGCCCUCAUCUGGCAGUUCGAUUUUCCACCCUUCAUGGUGCUGAUCAUCGCUAUCCUCAAUGAUGGUACCAUCAUGACGAUAUCCAAGGACAGAGUGAAACCAUCACCUCAGCCAGACAGUUGGAAGCUGGCAGAGAUCUUCACAACUGGUAUUAUUCUGGGUGGUUACCUGGCGAUGAUGACGGUCAUUUUCUUCUGGGCAGCGUACAAAACAGAUUUUUUUCCGCGUACUUUUGGGGUGUCGAGCCUUCAGCAAGGCGAUAGAGAUGACACUAGGAAGCUCGCCUCUGCAGUAUACCUUCAAGUGAGCACUAUCAGUCAGGCCCUCAUAUUCGUAACUCGGGCCAGGAGUUGGUCAUUUGUUGAGCGUCCCGGUCUCCUACUGGUGGCCGCUUUUGUUAUUGCGCAAUUGAUUGCUACCCUGAUGGCUGUUUAUGCGAAUUGGAGCUUUGCGGCGAUAGAAGGGAUCGGAUGGGGUUGGGCUGGUAUCGUCUGGCUUUACAACCUUAUAUUCUAUAUACCGCUUGAUUUCAUCAAAUUCUUCACACGAUAUGCAUUGAGCGGAAAGGCUUGGGAUCUCGUCAUAGAGCAAAGGAUUGCGUUUACGAGGAAAAAGGAUUUCGGAAAAGAAGAACGUGAACUAAAGUGGGCACAUGCGCAGAGGACACUUCAUGGCCUGCAUCCGCCUGAGACCAAGAUGUUCGGCAGCAGCUAUACUGAGCUGAACCAGAUGGCCGAAGAAGCCAAAAGACGGGCUGAAAUUGCCAGGCUGAGAGAGCUGAACACACUGAAGGGGCACGUCGAGUCAGUGGUGAGACUGAAGGGCCUCGACAUCGACACGAUCCAACAAGCCUACACUGUCUAGAGAGGGGCCUUGGAUUUGCUCAUACCUUGUAUAGAAGUGCUUAUGCCGGAGUGAGGAGUAGAUAUAUAUUUAGCAUGUGCCAUAUACAUAGGAGCUAUGCAUAAUAUAAUCCGUGGUGCUUUCCCUCGAAUUCGUACUGUCUGUAUGUUUGAAUGUUGAUCCAAGAAUGACAUUUACUGAUUACUUUCUCGA